AUGGGAGGCAGGCCUCUCCGGCUUGCGUUCCCGGCUACCUCGCUUUUCCUCGUGCUAUGCUCGAGCUGGGCACAAGUUGGCUUGCCAUUAACAACUGAGGCUGAGGACCGAAGCAGCAGUACUAGCCAUAUUAAGCAACGCUAUGGAAGGCAUCUUCGUGGCGCAGCAAGCUCAAGCAGCCCAUUAUUCGCAGCGGACUCACAGCAAAGAGUAGCGCACACUCCACCGGGCGCGCCUUCAUCCUCACAGCGCAAGCUAGCAGCCAUAUCGUCAAAGUCGCAGCCAGCCAAGCCGGUAACGACGACGAAACUGGUUGACUUGUACUCCCUCGUCGAGACGGCGCUCAACCUCAAAUCCCAGAACCCCAACGCGACCGUGAGCUUCUCUCUUCCGCCGGGCGUGUUGCACGCGGGCAUCGGAAGUGGCUCCUCCUACAGCCCCGGAAGCUUCUCUGCCGCGGCUGAGGACGAAGAGAUCGCCGAUAUGACUUCGCCUCUCAGCGGUGCCGCGUCAACAGUCCUGGUCAACGCAUCGACGGGCACGUACUAUAAAGCUGGCAUCGAGAACGACGCAGUCGAGCUCAUGCGCAUGCUUAUCCAAGUGAUGAGGCAAAACUCCGGUUCAAGCGUCACGAUUACGUUGCGGGACACCGGCGCUGUAGCGCCCGGAGAAAGCCCGUUGCAGGUGUCCGUCAGCCUCGACGGCGACUUCAGCGGACAAUACGGCACGCCGGUGCGGGGCCCCAGCCAAGUUCGCCUAGCAAACGCGACACGGCGGGCCCAUCUCAGCUGCCUGCACAGCCCGGCGCUCUGCCGCCGCCUGCAAGCCCACUGCCAGAUGAUGUCAUUCACCGUCACCGGUGCCUCUUGCAUCGCCGUCGCCGGUGCCGUAUCCGCCACCAUCGGCGGUGCUGCUUCCGUCACCGUCGCCGUCGUCGCCGCCCCAUUGCCGCUUCAGUCACCGUCACCGCUGCCGCUUGCAUCGCCGUCGCCGCUUGGCAGCCCGCCAUCGUAUGCGGAUGCGUCGGCUCCGCCGUCGCCGUCGUUGUACGGAUCUCUGCCGCCGCCGCAGACCGCAAGUCCACCGGCCUAUCCGGAAGUGCCGCUGCGUCCGCCGUCGCAGCUUGGCAGCCCGCCAUUGUAUGCGGAUGCGUCGACUCCGCCGUCGUUGGCGUUGUACGGAUCUCUGCCGCCGCCGCAGACCGCAAGUCCACCGGCCUAUCCGGAAGUGCCGCUGCGACCGCCGUCGCAGCUUGGCAGCCCGCCAUUGUAUGCGGAUGCGUCGGCUCCGCCGUCGCCGGCGUUGUACGGAUCUCUGCCGCCGCCGCAGACCGCAAGUCCACCGGCCUAUCCGGAAGUGCCGCUGCCACCGCCGUCGCAGCUUGGCAGCCCGCCAUCGUAUGCGGAUGCGUCGGCUCCGCCGUCGCCGUCGUUGUACGGAUCUCUGCCGCCGCCGCAGACCGCAAGUCCACCGGCCUAUCCGGAAGUGCCGCUGCCACCGCCGUCGCAGCUUGGCAGCCCAUCGUAUGCGUAUGCGUCGACUCCGCCGUCGCCGGCGUUGUACGGAUCUCUGCCGCCGCCGCAGACCGCAAGCCCACCGGCCUAUCCGGAAGUGCCGCUGCGACCGCAGUCGCAGCUUGGCAGCCCGCCAUCGUAUGCGGAUGCGUCGACUCCGCCGUCGCCGUCGUUGUACGGAUCUCUGCCGCCGCCGCAGACCGCAAGUCCACCGGCCUAUCCGGAAGUGCCGCUGCGACCGCCGUCGCAGCUUGGCAGCCCGCCAUCGUAUGCGGAUGCGUCGGCUCCGCCGUCGCCGGCGUUGUACGGAUCUCUGCCGCCGCCGCAGACCGCAAGUCCACCGGCCUAUCCGGAAGUGCCGCUGCCUCCGCCGUCGCAGCUUGGCAGCCCGCCAUCGUAUGCGUAUGCGUCGACUCCGCCGUCGCCGGCGUUGUACGAAUCUAAUGCCGCCGACGCAGCCUUCAACCCCAGCGUCUGUACCUCAAUCGUCCGCGUUCCCACCUUCAUUUUGCCCGCAGUCGCCUUUGCGGCCUGCUGCCAGCCCGCCAUCGCCGCCUGCUCUCAGUCCACCUCCCUUAGAACCAGCUGCGCCGGCGCCGGCGCCGCAGCCCAGCCCCUCACUAGCACAUUCCCCCUUGUACUACUCGUCGCCUGCACCAGCGGUGAGCUUGGUAUCCGGCCACCUGCCUACGCACCUGCGAUGCCCACAUCAGGCCGGUCGGCCUCUCCGGGCCAGCAUCCGCCCAUGUACGGCUCUCCUGCUCCUAUCCAGCGCUCUUCCUCUUCGGCGGGAAGGCCAGCCGUCGCGAGCAGUACACCGCCGCCAAGCUACGUCCCGGCGCCGUCGCUUGCUCUCACCUGGCAGCUACCCAACCCCGCACCACUGGCCUCACCGCCCUCAGUUCUGGAGCCCGCAGAACCUCCGGCACCGCCAUCCGGCGGCGUGCCGAUGGGGUGGCAGCCACCCAGCCCCGCGUCACUGGCCUCACCGCCCUUAGUUCUGGAGCCCACAGAAUCUCCGGCACCGCCGUCCGACAGUGUGCCGAUGGGGUGGCAGCCACCCAACCCCGCGCCACUGGCCCCGCAGUCGCUGCCUCCCGUUUCCCGCGGCGACGGACCAGCUGCCUACCAGCCAUACAGCCCGCUGCCUGCACCCACCACGUCUCUGCCGCCGCCGGUCCCUGACUUGGCCUCGCCUUGGCCAGCGCUACUCAAAUCAUCGCCCAGCUCUCCCGGGGCUGUCUCUCCUUACCGGGGGGAGGAGGAACAUUCGGCCAGUAGCCCACCGCCGCCUACGACGCCUUCGUCAUCUCCUCUGCCUUCAUCGCCUUUUCUCGUGCCGACUCCAUGGUGGCAGUCACCUCUGCCAUCGCCAUCACUAGCAACACCGUCGCCAGCCUCCCGCCCCACGCUGCCGAGUCCUCCCUCUGUACCCCCCUCUUCGCCUCCACGAGAUUCGCAAUUGGAGUCGAUUCGGACCCAGGUUCAGUUCCUCCUGGACCGCAUCGUGGCCUCCAACCCGGGCAGCAGCUCGCAGCUGACCGUGACGCGCUCACGAAGCGCUGCGGGCCUUACGCUGCCAAGCGCGGCCGCGGCGGCAGCAGGUAGCGAGCCUAGUAUUCCCCAGCAGCGGCAGCCCAGCACGACGGUGGCGACAUUGGCUGCGAACACGCAGCAGUCGGCGGGCGGGACCGUUGCAAGCGGGCCUAGGCGCAUGAUGCUGCGCGGAAGUCCUGAACCCUGA